GCGCAGCUCGAAAUCAGGCACUGUGGCAGCUUUGUGCAACGGUUUUGCACGUAUUGAGAGCCGCACACGACGCCGCUGCGAGCCGUGACAAUCCCUGCCUGCCACAGGCUAGGCAGUCAUGUCCAGCCACCCCCUCGCGCGGGCGGUCGAGGGCGUCCAGGAGCGCACGGUCUCCGGCGCUCUGAUUACGGGCGGCUGCGUAUUACUUAUAUUAUCACUAUUAACCGGUGAGCUGUCGUCGUACUUCUACCCAAAUUCAAUACAUCACCUCGGAGUGGACGACGGCGACGCGUCCAUCGGCAGCCGUCCUUUUCAUGUCCCCGACCGACUCCCCAUUGAAUUAUCUGCAACGUUCGCGCACGUGAAGUGCGACGACCUCGAAUUAUCCAUAGAGGCCGCCCGAGGUCUGCGGGACGCGGUCGAUCGAAUAAACUUCCGGGAACCGCAUGCGAAGGAGCUGUAUGGGUGGAGCGACGCUUCCACCAGUGAAGGCUGCACCUUGGACGGCAAGCUACGGGUGGGGAAAGUGAGCGCCCACUUCUCCGUUGGGCUCACAGCGGCGGCGGCCCCGGCCAAGCCGAACGUGAUCAUGGUCCAGUCCUUUCUGCGGCAAGCGACGAAUGCCGGACCAUCAAAGAACAUGACGCAUAAAGUGCAUGUCUUCAGGUUCGGGAGCCGAUCAUCAGUAACAAAAAACGCGCCCUUAGAUGGGUUAGUCUCGCCCGACCUCGACGGCCAGGCGCGCUACGCGCUGAAGGUCAUCCCGACGGUCCUCGACGACGGCUGGUUCCCGCAAGUCGCGAACCAGUACUCGCUCGCCGAGUCUUAUGUUUCUGCAAAACAGUUACAGACAGACAGUACAGCGGUCCCGGGCAUCGUCUUCUUCUACGACUUCUUCCCCGUCAUGGUGCAGGUCAAGAAGGAGCGGACGUCCAUACUGGAGUUUUUGGUGUCGCUGUGCGCGGUCGUCGGGGGGUGCGUCGCGCUGGCGUCUUUGCUCGACGGGGCCGUCUUUUCGACGACGAAGGUGCUUGCCGGGAAGGCUGAUUAAUAUUAUGUUUUAA